UGCCUGCCUGAUUUACAGUCGAAAUAUAUGCUAUUGUGAGGGGAACCAUCAAAUCAGUUAACACAUUUUAUUUCCAUUUGUCCAUUUCCCGUAGUUACCGCUUGUUAAUUUUGCACAGCCGAGCGAUGAGUCGUUAAAAAGCGGCGCGUGCUCACUUGUAGACUUAUCUUCAGCUGAUUAUGUCGAUAGUUAGCACCGGUGCUGAAACUGCCUGAUUUAUCGACAUGGCGCAUUAUAGAGCUUCUGAAUCCAGACGGGAACAGUUCCGAAGGUACCUGGAAAAGGCUGGUGUCCUUGACAGCCUGACCAGUGUGUUGGUAGCGCUGUACGAAGAAAAUGAUAAACCCAUCAACGCUUCGGAUGCUAGUUUCUUGAAGCGGCACCUCGGGUUGUCCGGCCCCGCGCCAGCAGAGGCGGAGAAGCUUCGCUCGGAGAUGAUGGAGGUCCAGCAGCAAUACGAGCGUCUCCUGGAGGAGAACAGAGGACUGAAAAAUAGGCUUUUGCAGUAUGAACCAGCACAAGAAGGAGCGACUCUGUAGUGCCGAUUAGCUCCGAGAACGCUCACUGUUAACAUGGGACACCACUGGAAAUAAAGGAUACACUUUUUUUUAUUUGUGUUAAGUGUUCAUUUGAGGAUUUUGGGUUCUGUCUGGAAUGUCCUUUGGAGUGUACAAGUACUUUUUUCAAGUAAUGUUUAUCUGAAUUAAACACAUUUGCACAAAA